AUCCCGAAAGACUGUGUUCUUCUCUAAUCCUUUGUCAAUGAUGCAGCCAACGGCAAUCGUUUAUUUCUUGACGCUUUGCGGAUUCCUCAGUGCAGCGACGGUAAAUGUGACAUUCAACAACUUGCAAGAACUCUUGUCGACUGCGCUGAAUGAUAUCGAGAAUGUCGAUGUCAAUCUCAACACGUUGGAGCUGAUCAAAAAAGCGGGUUAUCCUGCAGAGGCUCAUGUUGUGUUGACGGAGGAUGGCUAUCUGUUAACGAUACAUCGUAUUCCAGGUGCCAAAAAUUCUCCACCAGUCUUAGUGCAACACGGUAUUUUAUGCAGCUCUGCAGACUGGGUCGUAAUCGGCAAACAAAGAGCAUUAGCUUUCAUACUGGCCGAUCAAGGAUAUGACGUUUGGUUGAGCAACUUCCGCGGGAACACUUACUCGAAGGCGCACAUUUCUCUAUCGCCGUCGGACCCGAAAUUCUGGGAUUUCAGCUUUGACGAAAUGGGCACGUAUGAUCUUCCCGCGAUUAUUUCAUAUAUCACGAAUCUGACGUCGGAACCAUUGCAUACGUACAUCGGUCAUUCGAUGGGCACGACCACUUUUUAUGUGAUGGCAAUAAAACGCCCGGAAGUCGCUAAAAUGGUCAGAGUGAUGAUCAGCCUCGCGCCUGUUGCCUUCGUAAGGAAUUUAAGGAGCGUGGCGCAAAUAUUCCUUCCUUUCAAAAAUUCCAUCGAGGCUAUCCUGUAUUCUUUAGGCGUACAUGACUUCAUACCGCUGGACGGUGUAUUUCGGAAUAUAGCGAGAAUGGGAUGCAAUGUCAAUUUCUUUACAAAACAGAUCUGCAGUACCAUAAUUUUCCUGAUCUGUGGCUUCGACGAAGAACAGUUGAAUGAUACUUUACUGCCUGUGAUCCUGGCUCACUUUCCGUCCAGCACUUCAACAAAAACCCUGAUACAUUACGGUCAGGAAAUGAUCUCGGGCAAGUUCUGUGCAUACGAUUACGGUCGUGAAAAAAAUAUGCAGAUGUACAAUGCGACGAUACCGCCCGAUUACGAUUUAUCGCGUAUCACAGUGCCGAUCGCGCUGAUUUAUGCUUAUAAUGACUUGCUUGCUACUGAAAAGGAUGUGAAGAUUCUUCGUGAUUUGCUGACCAAUAUAGUGGAUGAUUAUAGACUGCCAUCCCUCAAAUUCAAUCACAUCGACUACAUGUGGGCCCAAGACGCACGUACGCUGGUGUAUGAAAAAAUACUAGAGAUUAUGAAAAAGAAAGUGAAUUAGUAACGAAUUAUAAUGCCAGAAAAUUGUAAAUUUCGACGGAAAGUAGUUUAACUUACAAUAUUUUUAGCUCUCAACUAGUGUAAAAUCAAUCUUAAAUGUUUCAAGUUUGAGAAAAAUAUUUUAAAAGUUAUAAAAAGUGAACAAGAUACGUGGAAAGGCGAUUAGUUCACAAAAUGCAAAAAUUCAAAAGAAUGAAGUAUGCUUAUCAUUGCGUAAACAAUAUGUGAUAAAUUUAUAUGCCAUCGUAAUUAUGUACAUAUAUAUUGUGUCUUGAAAUAUAUUUUCAUACUUAAAUACUUUAGUACCAUAUGAUUAUGAAUUCGAUAACAUUAAUAGUACGUUUAAUAACGUUUAUUAAAUGUAUAAAUGUAUGUAACGACUAUUUUUUAAUUCUUUGCUCCAUUUUUUCACUCUCAAUUAACAAAAACCAAUCUUCAACGUAAUAGCUAUUAAUCGGCACUCCGUUGCAUAUGCAGUGAAGUCCAUAACAAAGUUCUGUUGCAUUUUGCAAAUUCUUGCCUUUUGAUUCCAAUAAGUUCUUUUAUCAAAAUAUUCGGAAAGAUUUCGUGUUCUUCGCUGGAUCCUCUGUCGAUG